UUACGUCAACAGGCUCAUCCUCCAAUUUUAUCCCCACAGCACGCAUAUCGCGACGAUGGGCAAAUGCCUACACGUCUUGGACGUCCUCAGGAAGAACCUUCUGCUCCUCGAGACAAUGCCCAACAGGGACCUGCUCGACCUGGACUGCGUGAGGCGUGAGAAGGGUCAGGAGAUAAUCCGGUCGGCCACUGAGCUGAAGGAGGCUGGGAUCCAACUGAAGAAGAGCGAGACUCGCUGCGUCAAGGACAUCUCCUUUGCCGAUGGGGUCCUGAGGCUUCCUGUUAUCAUGGUGGACGAUUGCACCGGGCCCAUGUUCCUCAACCUAAUGACGUUCGAGCGCUUCCAUUUUGGGGCCGGGAACAAGGUCACGGCCUACAUCUUCUUCAUGGACAACAUCAUCGACACCGAGCAGGACAUCGCGCUACUCCGUACGCAGGGCAUCAUCCAGAAUUUCCUCGGGAGCAACAAGGAGGUCGCCGACCUUUUCAACUCGCUGACCAAGGACAUGACGGUCUUUCUCGACGAAGGUGACGAAUCUGUGCAAAAGAAGAUCACCGAACACUGCGAGAAGUCCUGCAACAUGUGGAGGGCUAAUCUCAUGCACACCUACUUUAGGAAUCCUUGGUCUAUAUUGUCCCUCAUCGCCGCCCUCUUCCUUUUCGCCCUCACCAUAAUUCAGACCGUAUAUUCCGUGCUCGGCAACUACAAAUGAACCCUCCCAUUGCCUCCCCUCUCAAUAAUUCUUCUUUUCCAUUUUGUGGUUUUUCU